CAUUCCUUUGAAAGGUGAGAGGGUCCCAGCUGUUCCUACUUUUCCUCCCUAAACAAAUCUCAUGGGCCAACAGGAGUGCUGGAGGAGAUCAGAUUCUGAGGAGGUCCCUUCUUUCCCUUUCCCUAUUCACAGGGUAAUUAACUCCAGCAGCUGAAUCCACGACCCCCCCAGGUGACCAUCACAUUGCCCAGGAUCUCCACAGGAGAGCUCUAUGGCUAGGAUCCAUCAGUAGUUCUAAUGAAGCACAGCUGAGGGUGGGAAACUGAAAGGCAGGGGCAGGAAGCUGUUUUGAGAGCAGCUGGCCUAGUGUGCCGUGUCCAAGAUCAUAUGGCUGGGAGACGUGGCCUUCUGUAACCAGUGUCAAUUCUGUCCACUUCCCUUCCCCCAAACACAUUACAUUUCCCAUUUUACCCUUCGUACGAGGUGGGCUGGCUCUGCUGUAAUCCUUAUGUGUCCAUUGGUGCCUGAAGAUGAACCAGGAUGGCCUAGGUUCCUAAUCACUGCUGCUUCCAUCUGUUCCCAACACUUUUCAAGGCCUGGAGUUCCCAGAGCAGAUUGGGCUGGGGGCGGGGGGCACGCAUGGGUUAAGGCUAGUGUUCCAUUCUUUUCACUCUCCUCCCCUUAUUCACUCCAAAAUCUCCAUAAAACCCAAGCCACUGUUCCCCUGACCCCAAAGUACUAGCUCAUCUCCAGUUCUGAACAGCUUAGGCUCAGGCCCAGAUAUCCACAGUCCUCCCUUUCACCAUCAACACUAAGCCCAACAGUCAGGUGAGAGGAAGAAACAAGGACAACUUCAAGGAUUCUGAUUGUGGGAGAUGUCUUUUCAGGGCAGGGCUGGGGCGCCAGCAUCUAGGUCCAGGACCAUGUCUGCUAAAAAGGACUGGUGGAUGCCACCUGAGGGCGAAGGCGGCGUCUCUGAUAAGUUACUGAGGAAGACCAGGGAGUCACCACUGGUACCUGUGGGCCUGGGGGGCUGUCUGGUGGUGACAGCUUACGGCAUUUACCGGCUAAAGGCCCGAGGCCCUCUCAAGAUGUCUCUACACCUGAUCCACACUCGAGUGGCAGCUCAGGCCUGUGCCGUGGGAGCCAUCAUGUUAGGUGCAGUGUACACCAUGUACUGUGACUACAUCAAGAGAACAGCACAUAAUGCCGAGGAGAAGUAGGAGUUGUAUGGAGGCUGGGACAGUCAGACUCCCUUAAAUGAGUCCCUUGUAUGCUUCCUUAGAAUAAAGUGAUUCUGAUGAUAA